AUGUUAACUAAUUUUGGAAUCUUAGUUUGGACUGUUUAUUUACAAAAAGGAGUUAGAUUACAUUGUUAUUGGGGAAGAGCAAGAAUUAGAAAUGAAAAAAGGUUCAAUUUAUAUUUAGGAGAUAAUGCUGUAAACCCAUUCAGUGUACCAUCCGAAUUAAGACCCUACGCCAUUGCAUUUCCUAAUUCAAAAUUUCAGAUCAUAAUUAAAAAUAAAAACUUGACAUUUGGCGAUAAGAAACAAUUCCUUUUUAAAGAAUUAUUAGAAGACUAUAUUUCUGACAAAUUUUUAAUAAUCAAUUAUGGUUCAACUCUGAUGAACACCUUUUCAUUUUUAAAAGAUGAGUGGGUUGAGAAAUUUUGUAAAGCAUGUUCUGAUAUUGUUUUCUCAACAGAAGGUCUUAGAUCUACCUCAGACAUUCAAUUAUUAUCCAUCAUAAUUGAAGUCUUUCCUCAAUUAUCACAAGUGCAUAAACCUUAUUUAACUAGAUUUUUAUCUCAAACUGCAUUUGUGGUGCCAUUAGCAGAUCCUGAAAUGAUAUUGGAUAGUGAAAUUAUUAAAGCAUCAUCUACUCCACAUCUAUACCAUUUUGGAAUAUAUAAUAACUUAAAAAAGAAACCUUCUUUAAUUGAUAACAUCCUUUCAAACAUUACUUUUAAUUGGAAUAGGUUGAUGCAUAUAUCCGAACAGGAAAUGGAAAUCUAUCAACCACGCGCUGACGACACUCUUACAAGUACAAAUGCAAGCAUGUUUGAACAAUUUGGUUCUUCAACGCUUGCAUCAUUUUAUAUGAUAAUAACAGCGGAAAAUUGGGAUAAGCAUGAAAUACCUUUUUUUUCUCAAAUUAUUUUAAAAGCUAUUCAAUAUGAUGACAUAUCUAAUGAAUUAGAAACUGAAGUUUAUGAAAAAAUUAAAGAUUCAACAAAUUUAUUAGCAGAAAAAUAUGAAGAGUCAGAAAUGCAAAUUAAAGAGGUAAAAAAUUUGAUUACAAAUUUGACGAAAGAAUCUGAACUGCAAAUUAAAAAAAUUAAAAUUUUGAUUACAAAUAUAACGAAUAUCUUAGCUGAAAAAGAUACAUAA